UUUGUGCAUGUAUGUAUCUCAGGCUGCCGUAGCCACUUGGUUUAAAUUGACUAUUAACAUGGGAUGUGGUAAAUAGUCGGCAUGUUAGUGCAGGAUCAAGAAACAGAGGAGGCAACAGGUGCACUUCCGCUUAGAUCUCUAGCCGCCACCUCCUCCUCCACAAAAAAGCCAGGGUUUCUGCCUCCCGCUGACGCCGCCGCAAUCUGCCUCCUCUCCGGUGGCCCUAGGGCCAUGGGGGCGCGGUGGAUCUUGGCAAGGGUCGGCGGAAGGGCUCCGUUUUUAGUCAUUUUUUUCAGUUUUGCUAGAGUUUGUGUCCUGAAGACGAGACGGUGGUGGCUCCCUGAAGAUGGAAUAGAGGUCUCCCCGCCUAGCCCCUGUUCUGGCGGUGCGUCUAGCAUCGUUGGUGGGCGUGUGGAGGUGUGUCUCCGGCGGAUCUAUCGAUGGUGGAUUUGUUCAGAUCUCGUCGUUAUUCGUCUACAUUCGUAUGUCUUCGGGUUGGAUCCUUUUUAUCUACAUUAUUCUUUAUCUGCGGCGGUUGCUGUUCUGGUAUGCUGGUCCUACGGGGCCUUAGCACGGCGACUUCCCGGCUUUGUGCCGGACUCCAACGAUGGAGGGGUGAUGACGGCGACGCGCCUUCGGCUCGCUUCAGUGCUUGUAGUCGUCGCUAGGUGGUCUACAAAUCUGGAUGUAUUUUUUUAUUUUUAG